AUGCUGUUUCUGCUACUUCCGUUGCUGGCUGUUCUUUUCCCAGGCAGUAACAAUGAGUACGGUUAUAAGGAGCCUAUGUCCUCUCUCAUCCAUAUCUUUUCCUUUUAUAACCGUUCCUGGACACAGAAUCUUCUCUCAGGAUGGUUGGGUGAGUUGCAGACUCUUAGUUGGGACAGCAAAUCUGGCACCUUGAUUUUCCUGCAGUCCUGGUCCAGGGGCAACUUCAGCAAGAAGGAGUUGAUGCAGCUGGAAAAGUUAUACUGUGUGUACCUUGUUGAAGUUAUUCAGCAAUUUCACAGCUAUGCCCAUCAGCUCCAAGUUGAAUAUCCUUUUGAGAUUCAAGUGACAUCAGGCUGUGAGCUGGAUCCUGAGGGCAUCUCAGUAGGCUUCCUGCGGUCAGCUUAUCAAGGAUCUGAUUUCCUGAGCUUCCAGAACAAUUCAUGGUUGCCAUCCCCAAUGGGUGGAAGUAAUGCCGAGUUUAUUGUCAGAAAACUUAAUCAGUACCAACUCGGGAAGAAAUUAGUACAUGAGCUCAUCGGUGACACAUGCCUACGUUUCAUCUUGGGUCUUCUUGAUGCAGGGAAGGCAGAUCUCCAGCGACAAGUAAGACCUGAGACCUGGCUGUCCAGUGGCCCCAGUCCUGGUCCUGGCCGUCUGCUGCUGGUGUGUCAUGUCUCAGGAUUCUACCCAAAGCCUGUGUGGGUGAUGUGGACACGGGGUGAGCAGGAGCAGCUGGGUACUCAGCGAGGUGACGUCUUGCCCAAUGCUGACGGGACAUGGUAUCUCCGAGUAACUCUGGAUGUGGCAGCUGGGGAGGCGGCUGGCCUGUCAUGCCAGGUGAAACACAGCAGUCUAGGAGGCCAGGACGUCAUCCUCUACUGGGGACAUUACAACUCCCUGGCCUUGAUCUUCCUAACAGUGAUAGUGCUUGUGGCUCUUCUGACAGGUCUUGCGUUUUGGUUUUGGAAGCACUGGUGA